CCCACCCCACCGCCGCCGUCUCCAUUUCCCCACCAUCCUCCCUCCUAUCCCCCGGCCGCUCGCUGCUCCCAUACCGUCUCCUCCGCUGCCGGGGCAGACGGACUGGAGAUCUGCACUCGAUUCGCCUACCUCGUCGGGCAUUUUUCCGUCAAGCUCCCGCAGCCGCAUACCUACCACCGUCCGGCUGCAGGACAGGAUGGCUUCCGUCUCUCAGGACGAACUUGCUCUCCUCUCUGGCAGGGAGCUCGUGUCCCACCUCGCCAACUCCUGCCUCAGGGCCGACUUUGAGGCGGUCGCGCGCGUCCUUGAUGCGCGGGACCGCAAGCUCGCCAAGGACAAGGCCGCGCUAAAGGCCGUGCUCGCUGACCUUGACGCUGCGAGAGCGCAGGAGCGCGAGGUCGCUGAGGCCAAGUCCAAGUUGGACAAGUCCAAGUUGGAGGCCACCGUACUGCGGAAGAAGUACGAGGCGGCCUUGGACUCGCGCCGCCGACCGCUGGACAGUGCCAAGGAGGUGGCGCGCCUGCUUGGGGGCUCGGUACGCCAGGACGAGUCGCUAGUCGAGGAGGCGAAUGAGGGGGAGGUGGAAGACCUCGACGAUACUGACCUCUACGUGCCUGGCUGCGUGUGGGAGAGGCGCGGUGGUGGUGGGAUGGAAUGCGACGGAGUAAGGAGAGGCACAAUGGCGGUGAGGCGGAAUGCGGCCGUGGCAGGGGAGGCGCGAAGGCGGGCGGCUGUCGCCGUGUUGGAGGAGAUGGGCCCUGCUCAGCUCGGGCAGGGUGAGGGAUCGAACAGGAAGACAGCAACGGGUUUGGAGAACCUCAAGAAGAGCCGAAAGAUGUCGCUAGGCUAUGCGGAGAAGCUGUCUUACCGAGAGGAUGUGGGCACUGUGGGCAUGCCUGAGAAGUUCGACUCCCCCAAACUCCUCCAAGGGAAGAUAGAAGAGCUUGCAGUUAUGGUGCAAAAGAGUAAGCAUCUAGUGGUGUUUACCGGAGCAGGAAUAUCAACUUCAUCAGGCAUACCUGAUUUCCGAGGCCCAAAGGGUGUGUGGACUCUGCAGCGUGCAGGAAAAGGUGUUCCUGAUGCUUCACUCCCAUUUCACCGAGCAGCUCCAACCUUGACUCAUAUGGCAUUGGUUGAAUUGGAAAGAGCAGGUCUCCUAAAGUUUGUCAUAAGCCAGAAUGUUGACAGCCUACAUUUGCGUUCUGGCUUCCCAAGGGAGAAGCUGGCUGAAUUGCAUGGGAAUUCUUUCAAGGAGGUCUGCCCAUGCUGUAAAACGGAGUACCUUCGUGAUUUUGAAAUAGAGACAAUAGGACUGAAGGAUACUCCGAGGCGUUGUGCAGACAAGAACUGUGGAGCUAGAUUAAAAGAUACAGUUCUUGAUUGGGAGGAUGCGUUACCCCCUGAGGAGAUGAAUUCUGCCGAGGAGCAGUGUCGAACAGCUGAUCUUGUCCUAUGUCUAGGAACUAGCUUGCAGAUUACUCCUGCAUGUAAUAUGCCUCUGUUGUCAAUCAAGAAUGGGGGAAAGGUUGCCAUUGUUAAUCUUCAGGCAACUCCAAAAGAUAAAAAGGCAAGCCUUGUCAUCCAUGGGCUUGUGGAUAAGGUCAUUGCUGGAGUGAUGUGCAUUCUGAGUCUGCGCAUUCCUCCAUAUAUACGUACUGACUUCAUUCAACUUCUUCUUCGGCACACAGUCAAAAAGAAAUGUGUAAGAUGGACUCUGCGAGUAACUAGCGUUCAUGGCAUGCGAGCACCAUUGUCAUUUCUUCGGUCAAUCGAGGUUUCCUUUCCAGACAGAUCUGACAUGAAGCCUGUAGUUCUUAUGGAGCAACCAUUUUCUUUGCAGAGGGAAACAUCAAUGACUAGCAUAUUUUCCAUGUUGCUGACAUUGAAGUUCAGUGAUGGUUGUGGCUGCUCAAGCUCGUCAAUUGAAUGCCAUGUUAAUUUCCAGAAGCAAAAGGAGAGUUUUGUUAGAGAUAGAAGCCUAGUCCUGCAGGAGUUGAAGUGCACUGCAGAGCGCCAGUCUCGUGCCGGGCAGCAAUCGAUUCUUGAAAGGGAGAGUCUGCCAAGAGCCGAGACAUCUAUACACGCGUUUGUGACCAACAUUAUCAGGUACGACGCUGAAGAUCUCAAGGUGGCUGAUCCUAAGGGUAGUUGGAUGAACAGCGGCAGCAGUACCAGCAGCAACCUCGCAAAACGGCUCGUGGAAGGUGCUAGUGGCUAUUCCGCCUCGACAAAGAAGCUAAAGUGCUAGGACCGGCUGCGUCAAGUUUCCUGAUACUUUUGUUUGGAGUAGUUAUAUGACUUGGUACAUGUGUGAGAAGUUUACAAUAGCAAGAGUGGUGCAGAGAGUUAGAUGAAUGGGUGAAGGGAAGGUGGAACAUCUUUUCGUUGAUAGCGAUGCGACCAAAAAUGUAAACUGGUUGAGUCUUGGUUGAAUCUUUUUCUUGUCUUUUCCUGUAAAGGAAGUUUGAGAAACUUGUGAAAUGCUGAUAUCAUUGAUAUCCAAGUGGAACUGGAGGUCAGGUUAAUGGUACAGGAUGAAAGCAGAAUUUUCAGAACA